AUGCCAAAAACAGAAACGGAACGUAGUGAUCCACGGUGUCACUACAUCCUGCGUGUCGCUUCUCAUAUUUUUGCACUAAACAUUGCCGAAAACAAAAUCCAGAAUUUGAAUUCUAUACAUGAUUUUUGCGAUACAAACACCGCACUGCUGAUUAUCGCCAAGCAUGAAACGAGAAAUACGAUCGACAUCACAAAUGAAAUAAGAAACGAUCACGCGGAAUUGACUCGAGUGGUCUUUUAUAAGCUUAAGGCUGCGCCUUUGUCAGUGGAUGAUUACAGAAGUGAAAUAUCUGUGAUAUCGCUGCGCGGCCGUCCUACUGACGCAUUGAUUCAGUCCAUCAAAACA